AUGCGGGCCAUCGCUGAUGACCUUGCUCUUGCUCAGUGUCCAGUCACUGAUGAAGAUUUGAUCGUGUAUGUGUUGACGCAGCUUGGAGAGGAGUACAACUCCAUUAUCUCUGCAGUCCGCGUUCGUGAAACGCCCAUCUCGUGGGGUGAGCUAGCGGAUAUUCUAACUGACCAUGAACGCCAGUUGAAGGUUGCUGAUGAUACACGCCAAUCACUAUUGGCAAUAGCUAAUGCCACUCAGUGGACCUCGUCUUCUCGGAAUAACCAGCAAUCGAACUAUGGUCGGAAAUAUCACAACAAUACUGCUAGUUCCGGCCCCAAUCGUAUGUCUUGGCAACAAUGGGGGACUAAUCGCCCUACGGUUAUAUGCAAAUUUUGUAACCUUGCAGGUCAUGAAUCAAAGGUACGUCGCAAGCUGGCUAGGUUCCUAAGGGAACACAACGUUGUCACCACCCAAACUUUUACAUCUCCUACAACCCAUUCUGCGCAGGCAUCUCCACCCUGGUUGUUUGACAGUGGUGCAUCGCAUCACGCCACCCCUAGUGUUAAGUCGCUGCAGACACUCUCCGAGUAUAGUGGUCCUGAUAAAGUGCGCCUGGGUGACAGUAAUUCCCUCCAAAUAUCUCAUAUUGGUCGGUUUGUAAUCCCUACUUCGUCUUUUGUUCUUACCUUAGAAAAUGUCUUGCGUGUUCCUUAG